CCUCGCUGCUGCCGCCGCCGCCGCCGCCGCUGCCUGCUCUCUGGAAGAUGGCGGCGGCGCUCGCCGUCUCUCCCUCUCCUGCGCUUCGGGUGCGUAGUUCUGCCUAGUGUUCAUCUUGCAUUACAUUCGGUGUGAAUGCCUGUGUAGGCAAUUGAAUGGAGGCUUUCUGAUGGUUUGGAGUUUUGGGACCUUUACAGAAGGUUGGGAUUGUAUAAAUCGUGCAUUUCAAUAAAGCUAUUUUGUGAAGAAGAGCAUCUUUGUUCCUCUCGUAUUCUCUCUGUGAGAAAUAGACCUGGUUGAGAGAGAGGGGAAAUUGGCUUCGAUUUGAAAAACGUCAAUGCUAUGGUGAACUGCUUUAUUCCGAGAAAUCUAUUUUUGUUAUGUGUGGAACUGAUUCAGCACAGAGAUAAGGGGUAACACUCUGUGGAUACUGGGAGUUAUCAGCCAUGGUAAAACUGGCAAAUCCGUUGUACACCGAGUGGAUUCUGGAGGCAAUCCAAAAAGUGAAAAAGCAGAAACAGAGACCCUCGGAGGAAAGGAUUUGCCAUGCUGUUGCCUCAUCCCAUGGAUUAGACAGAAAAACUGUCCUGGAACAACUGGAACUGAGUGUCAAAGACGGGACAAUCUUAAAGGUUACAAAUAAGGGACUUAAUUCUUACAAGGAUCCAGACAAUCCAGGACGGAUUGUACUCCCCAAGCCUCGGAAUCAAUCCAAGUCAGAUGCUAAACACAAUGUCGAUUGGAAUAAACUUCUCAAAAGGGCAAUAGAAGGCUUGUCAGAGCCCAACGGGUCAUCACUGAAGAACAUUGAACGGUACCUGAGGGCUCAGAAGGAUGUGAUAGCAGUGUUUGGAGCUGGUGCAUCCUCAGCCCUCCACCAGCAGCUGAGGCUGUCCCUGAAACGCGCCAUAAGCCACGGCAGAAUUAUCAAGGACGGGCCCCUGUAUCGGCUCUUGCGUGGCAAAUCGGGCGGCGAUAGCAAGCAGGGCCACGAUUCGAUCUCCUGCCUUCCACCUGUUAGCCUCCUGACUCAUGAAAAGGAUAAGCCCUGUGCGGAGCCAAUUCCAAUCUGUGGAUUUUGUCUUGGAACAAAAGAGCAGAACCGAGAAAAGAAACGCGAGGAACUAAUUUCCUGUGCAGACUGCGGUAAUAGCGGUCAUCCGUCCUGUUUGAAAUUUUCUGCGGAACUAACAGCUCGUGUGAAGGCCUUACGAUGGCAGUGUAUCGAAUGCAAGACAUGCAGCACCUGUCGGGAUCAGGGGAAAAAUGCUGAUAACAUGUUGUUCUGUGACUCUUGUGAUCGAGGUUUUCACAUGGAAUGUUGUGAUCCACCUCUUACCAGGAUGCCCAAAGGCAUGUGGGUGUGUCAGAUUUGUCGGCCACGGAAAAAGGGAAGAAAGCUGUUACACAAGAAAGCGGUACAGAUUAAAAGGCGCUAUGCAACUGCAAUAGGGCACUCAAAAAAUAGAUUAAAGAAAACAACAGUAUCGAAAGGUUCUCAGUCAUUCGACAAAGAGAGACAAGGUCCAGGUCGAGGGCGCAAACGCAAAAUCACGGCAAUCCCUUCAUCUAAGUCGGGCCGGUUGGACGGACUGAGUGUGUUGAACUCACGAACCAGCAAAUCUUCCCGUCUGAAAAUGAAUAAGAAAACCAAAGGGCUCAUUGAUGGCCUUAGCAAAUUCUUCACCCCUUCGCCUGAUGGCCGCAAGCCACGGGGUGAACUGCUGGACUUAGCUGAGCAAUACAGGCUCAAGAAAAAGGGGCCACGAAAGUCAAGCACUUCUGACAGCGGCACAUGGCCCACAGGUACUGCACUGCCCUCAUUAAUCCCUGCAUGCCCAGUAUCGCCUGAGGUUUCUUUACCAGCGCCAAGCUGGCAGUUAAAUAGCUUCAAACCAUCUUCCCGUAAUAACCCUGUUGGUAACUUCAGUGACAUGACACUUACUGACCAUUUAAGUGUGUGCAGAAUGCCCAAGUUAAGAAGGGAACCAGUUGACUCUCCUUCCUCAUCCUGUACUCCCAAUGUCAGUGGUGAAACAGACUAUGAAUUAACUCCUCCUCGCCUUACACCUUGUGAGCCAUGUCCGUCCACUGAUAGAACUGAUCUCCCGAGCCACUGGGACAGUAGCAUGAAAGAUGGUUGCACUUUACAAUCCUCACCUUACCUGCAACUCAGUGCGCCCGUAGAAACGGCGGUUAAACCGCGGUCACAUUAUUUCCUGCCUUUCUCGGUGAGAGAGAAAGCAAUAAGGGGCAGCCGUUGUAAAGUGAGACACGGAAAGGAGAUCCUUUGGCCCAGAAAGGGAAACGUGGAAUUAGGAAGGAGUUUGAGUGCCGAGUACAAGGACAAUCAGGGCCUGUGGGGCUGCAAACAUGAAAACGACGAUGAUCAAUCGCUGAGCAAAGACACUGUGACGGAGAAAGACCUAGACUUAUUUCAGCAUGUUCAGGAAGUUGCAUUGGAGAAAGUUGGAGUCACUGGCCCACCAGAUCCACAGGUCCGCUCACCGUCUGUUAUUGAAUUUGGAAAAUAUGAGAUCCAGACCUGGUAUUCCUCUCCAUAUCCCCAGGAAUAUACCAGGCUGCCGAAGUUAUACUUGUGUGAAUUUUGCCUCAAGUACAUGAAGAGCAAAAGCAUUUUGCAGCAACACAUGAAGAAAUGCAAUUGGUUUCACCCACCAGCAAAUGAGAUUUACAGGAAAGACAACAUCUCCGUGUUUGAAGUGGAUGGGAACAUCAGUACCAUAUACUGUCAGAACCUUUGUCUACUGGCCAAGCUCUUCCUUGACCACAAGACCUUGUAUUAUGAUGUUGAGCCCUUCCUGUUCUAUGUGCUGACUCAGAACGACACCAAGGGCUGUCAUCUUGUGGGCUACUUCUCCAAGGAGAAGCAUUGCCAGCAGAAAUACAAUGUGUCCUGUAUCAUGAUUCUUCCCCAGUACCAGAGGAAGGGAUAUGGAAGGUUUCUCAUCGACUUCAGUUAUUUGCUUUCGAAGCGGGAAGGCCAGGCUGGGUCCCCAGAGAAGCCCCUAUCUGACCUGGGCCGACUCUCUUACAUGGCCUACUGGAAGAGUGUGAUCUUGGAGUGCCUUCACCAAUGCCAUGACAAGCUACUUAGCAUCAAGAAGCUCAGCAAACUAACGGGGAUCUGCCCCCAGGACAUCACCACAAUCCUCCACCAUCUAAAGAUGUUACAGUUCCGCAAUGACCGGUUUCUGGUCAUCCGUCGAGAAAAACUGAUCCAGGAGCACAUGGCAAAGCUCAAAGCUAAUCCACGUCAGAUUGAAGUUGAUCCUGAGAGCUUACGAUGGACGCCUUUAAUCUUUUCAAACACGGUAGUGUCAGAGGAAGAGGAGGAUGAAGAGGAGGAAGAAGAGACUCCGGCAUUAAAGGAUGAAAACGCGGGCGAUUUGUGGGACAAGAAGGAACCCAAUGGUUAUGCGCCAGUCCAGAAUGGUAGGCAGAUGGCAUCAUGUGCCACAAGCUGCAAAACUCGGCAGGAUGUCUCCCCGGAAGGCCCUGUGCCUAAUGGUGAAAACAAAAGGAAGCAUUUCACUGAAAGCAGUGAAGAGGAGGAGGAAGAUGGUGAGGAUGAAGAAGGUGAUGAGGCGAGGCCAAGUUCUCCACCUGUACUCACCAAACCUGCACUGCGUGGCGUAAAGAGGAAGCGAGUGGUAAUUCACCGGAAGAAACGUGGGCGGAAGCGCAAACAGCACAACAGCAGUGUCGUUACAGAGACCAUCUCUGAGACGACCGAGGUGCUGGAUGAACCAUUUGAUGAUUCCGACACAGAGCCGCCAAUGCCACACCUGGAACCAACCUUCGAGUUGGAAGAGGAUGAGAGGAACGACAAGGAGCAUCGGGGUGGUCGUAUCUUCAGGAGCUUGGAACCGGGUGAUGGAAUCCGAAAACGCACUUCCUCCAAGAGAAAGACUGCAGAAGAAGAAGAUGAUGCCAGUGAAGUUCAAGGAGAGAAUGCACUUGAAUCCUUGGUCUCUGUAAGGGAAGGGAAAGUCAAGGAGCCUUCCCUACCCAAAUCCCCACCCGUGGUGUUGAAGCGCAAGAGAGGAUGGCCAAAAGGUGUGAAGCGGGGGACAAUCAAAUGGAAGAAAAAGCCAGGCCGUAAGCCGGGAUUCAAGGUUGCCCGAUCCAAUACUGCACUCGAGAACGCUUGCACCCCAUCAGGCAGUGGUGUUCUGAAGCAAGGCCGUCCAAACCGCGGUGAGGAGCGGGGAAAUUCGGUCGUGGAGCCGAAAGUAGCAGAUCUGCCUCUGGCAUACAAAAAGGAGGAUGAGGAGGAAGAAGAGGAUGAGGAGGAGCUGGAGGAAGAGGUGUCGUGCGACGUGCAGAGGACGCCCCACGAUUCUCACAGUCCAGCACCCAAAGUCGAGGAACAGGAGGCUGACCACGAGAACGACGAGAAACCCGAAUCUGUGGAGCAAGAGGCGCACACUGACGAAGAGCACGAGCAGGAAGAGGAAGAGGAGGAAGAGCUCAACCAGAACGAUGACCAUGAUGCUGACGAUGAAGAUGAAGGGCAUUUGGACCCUGAAGACAAGAAAGUAGAGGAAAGUGCAAAAGAGAACAUGAAAGAGGAAUCUCCAAUCCAAGAACGUUUUUUAGAGACAACCUCACCAGAUAAAAAUAUCGAGUGUGAAAAUGUGAUAGAUGCGGACUCUGAAGAGGAACAAGUAAAUGACACGUCGCUGGACUCUGAGAUUGUGCCACCUUCAGAUGAAGAUCGUGUUGAUGAUCCAGACAAUAAGGAGACAUUAAUCCCAGAGUUCAAGGAAGAGGAGGAAGAAGAGGAGGAGGACGAAGAGGAGGAGGAGGAGGAAGAGGAGGACAUAUCGCAUAGUGAACUUGAUCUAGAAACAGUGCAGGCUGUGCAGUCCUUGACACAGGAAACAAACAGCGAGCAGGACGGUGCCUACCAGGACUGUGCCGAGACUUUGGAAGCCUGCCAGAACCUGCAGAGUUACAACCAAGCUGAGGAAAGCCCGCAGAUCACCAUGGUGGAGGACUGCCAACAGUCGGGGCACAACAGCCCCAUCUCUUCAGUGCAGUCCCACCCCAGCCAGUCAGUCCGCUCAGUCAACAGCCCGAGCAUGCCGGCCCUGGAGAGCAGCUACACGCAGAUAAGCCCCGAGCAGGGCUCCCUCUCGGCUCCCUCGAUGCAGAACAUGGAGACGAGCCCUAUGAUGGAUGUGCCUUCCGUGUCCGACCACUCGCAGCAGGUGGUCGACAGUGGUUUCAGCGACCUGGGCAGCAUUGAGAGCACCACAGAAAACUAUGAAAACCCCAGCAGCUACGACUCUACCAUGGGGGGCAGCAUAUGCGGGAACAACACCUCCCAGACUAGCUGCUCGUACAGCGGCCUCUCCUCCUCGGGCAGUCUGACACAAAACAGCUGUGUGGUGACCCAGCAGAUGACCAGCAUGAACAGCAGCUGCAGCAUGAUGCAACAGAGCACCGUGGCCCCUCCGGCCAACUGCAACCUGAAGUCGCCCCAGAGCUGCGCCAUCGAGAGGCCCCCCAGCAACAACCAGCAGCAGCCGCAGCCCCCGCCGCCCCAGCCCCAGCCCCAGCCCCAGCCGCAACCCCAGCCCCAGCCCCAGCCCCAAGCCCAAGGCCAGCCCCAGCAGCAGCAGCAGCCGCUGUCCCAGUGCAGCAUGAGCAACAGCUUCACCACGCCCCCCAUGGCCCUGAUGGAGAUCCCCGAGUCCUCCAACACCACCACCAUGAGCCUGUAUGACAGGAUGGGCCAGGGGGACUUCGGCACGGGCGGCUACCCGCAGCCUUCGGCCAACUUCAGCCUGGCCCGGCUCCAGCAGCUCACCAACACCAUCAUGGACCAUCAUGCGAUGCCUUACAGCCACUCGGCCGCCGUCACCUCCUAUGCCACCAGCGUGUCGCUGUCGAACCCGGGUCUGGCCCAGCUCGCCCCCGCACCCCACGCCCUGGCCGCGGCGCCCCAGGCGCAGGCCACCAUGACCCCGCCUCCCAACCUGACCACGCCCCCGUCCAUGAACCUGACCUCGCCCCUCCUCCAGUGCAACAUGCCGGCGUCCAACCUGGGCAUCCCCCACGCGCAGCGGCUGCAGGGCCAGAUGCCCGCCAAGGGCCACCUCUCCAACCGCUCCAAGUCGGCGCCCCUGCCAGCUGCCACGGCCGCACACCAGCAACAGAUCUACGGCCGCAACACACCGGCGCUGGCCCAGCGCGCUAUCACGGUGCAGCGGGGCAUGAACAUGGGUGUCAACCUGAUGCCCGCCCCUGCCUACAACGUCAACUCCAUGAACAUGAACCCGCUGAACCCCAUGGGGAGCUACCGCAUGAGCCAGCCGAUGAUGAACAGCAGUUACCACGGCAACGCGGCCUACAUGAACCAGACGGCCCAGUACCCUAUGCAGAUGCAAAUGGGCAUGAUGGGGAGCCAGCCAUAUGGCCAGCAGCACAUGCAGUCCAAUUCCCAUGGCAACGUAAUGUACACAGGCCCCUCUCACCACAGUUACAUGAACACCGGUAUGUCCAAGCAAUCACUGAACAGCCCGUACAUGAGAAGAUGAGGGGAGAUUCUGCAGGCGCCAUAGGAGCCACUGUUUAUACUGACGACAGCCGAAAUAAUGGAAAUUUCGAAUAGAACGGUUGCUGUAGACAUAGGAAUUUCAUGAACUGCUUAGGGCCAUGUUCGGAGCACCUUGGCCUUAAUUUCCCAAUCCCAAGAGAGAAAAAAAAAAGGAAGAGAAAAGAAAUUCUGCAACAGAAUUCAAUAAAAGAAAAAAAUGGUUUAAGGAACCAUGCACAAGAAAUCUUUUAAUUAAAAGAAGCCUUACUUAAUGAAUUGUAGAAAUGAAAGACUAUCUGCUUUUUAUAUUUUUAAUUUUUUUAAUCUUUCAGUUUGUGUGUGCAGUCCACAUUUUUAUAGAGUCCAUAGAUAUGUGAGCCCAGAGUGAGGACUAUCCAUGGUCCCCAUUCAUUGACUUGGCACAGGGCAGGAGGCACUUAUCUCAUACUCUGCCUUGGUGAUAUUGUUGCAGGUGUGGCUGUAAUUUAUUGAUCUCACUGUACCCCGUGCCAGUAGGUGAAACCGGAUCGCUUGUGCGCUUGUGGACUUCGGACCUUAAUGCUGAGGGCACCCUUUUCCCCCGUUGGUAUUGAGUUUGACUCUAGCGCAGCAUGCAACAGGCCCAAGAGCAUUUUCACGUAUGUUAUAACUAUGUUUUAAACAUUGCUUCUUGUGUCACUGCAAGCCAUUUCACUCGUACGCCUUUAUUUUUUUAUGAGAAUUGACAGUAUUUGUUCUGGCACUUUCGAAGGACAGCCCAGGGUCCUGAAACAUUUGAGGCUUAAAACAUUUAAUUUCCAAUUUAUUUUUCUUACAUAAAUUUCUCAAUCAUGAGAAGCCUAUUCAGAUUUGUCAGACUGUGUAUAUUUGGUUCCCUUGUAAGAGUAUUUAUCAAAUGCAAAAGACUGCUAUGUUUGCAAGCUAAGUUAAUAUUUUCACCCUCCCCCUCACUUGCCCCACUCCCCUUAUAAUCACAUGUAUUUUAAUUGCUUCCAAAUCAAGUUUCAAUUAGCUCACUAAGUGGCAAGAUUAGCUCAGGAGUCACUUAACUAAGGAGAGGAGCAUCUUGUCUCUUGCUUGCUACCACUUGACGCUGUUCAGGAAUCCUUGGGUUUCUUCCCAGUGGAAGCAGAGAAUGGGUUGUAAGAGUAUAUGCAUCAACAUGACAGAGUGAGGGAAGGUACAGAACGAAGAUAAGCCCUGCCACCCCAAAUCCCAGAGCUGUGGGUAUCGAAAAGGAAAAUCGUCAUCUAGCGGAGGACACGUUGAGCGUGAGAAGGGAGAAGAGGUGAGCCGUAGUGAAUGGUACUGAACUGUCAGAGAGAUGUGCAGUCAGGUUAUCACAAGCAACGGGCUCUCUGUUCUGAUGCCUACCACCAGGUAACCCGUGUCAGAUCGAGUGGUACGAUACUGGAGGGGGAGGGGAGGAAUAGGAGGUGUUGGAUUGAGGCUGGCCGUCCACGCCAGCUCAGAGACGGAUGUCACCAGUGCACUUUGCAGGCCCACAGCACGCAGUCCGUCACCAAUCACACCAUUCUCUCUGCCCACCGUCAGAGUAACUUCAUGCGUUAACGUAAAGAGAAUGUGACGUAAAAUGUUUCCGCAGUUGGUGGGCAGGAGUUUUGAAAACAUGCAUAUUUGGCACAAGCCACAUGUAUGUCCUGUGACCUAAUGUCACUUGAUGGCUUACUUUUAUUCAUAGUGUGUCCCAUUGUCGGAAUUAAUGUCCAUCAAAACCACUCCACACUUCUGGGCUGGCCUUCAAGUGUGUUUGUUGGAAUACUGUUGAUUUGGGGUGGGGUGGGAGGGAGAAGGGAAGAUGUUUUUAAAAAAGAAAAGAGAAAAAAAAACAAACCAGUUUUAGCCCAGAGCACCAGAUAUAUUAAAGAUAGACAAAGAAGAGUUUUUCUUUUUCCCCCUUUUCAUUGUUUCUGGUGCUCUUGGUUUUGUUGGAUCAGGCAGCUUCCUUUUUUGAAAGCUAAACUGGCUCAUUUUGACUUUAGGAUUAUUAUAGAAAAUGUUUUUCUAUAUUAAAAAUGAAUUUAUCCUACAUAAUAUUGGUACUUGUCAUUUUUCAAUUCUGUUAAGAGGUAUUUUUAGCAGCUAAACUUGGGUAAUCUUAACUGAAGCUCACUGGUAGUGAUUCUCAGAUGCCUUUUAAACAACUCACAUUUCAUUCCAUCUCUAGAGUUUUUCUAUCUUUGUUGUAGAAUAUUGAAGCUAUUUUAAGAAAAUAAAUUCUCCAGACUUAUAGUGUGUGUGAAUAGACCUCCUCCAGCCUCCAAGCCGCAUGUAAAAAGCUGAAUAUUCAUGUCUGUUUAUAUUGCUUUCAUUUUUGUAGCCUUUGUAAUUGUACAUGGUGACUGUAAGCUAAGAGGAGGGAACAACAUGGCUUGUGUAUUCAGACGCCAAGCACUGGCCACACUCCCUCUUCAUCUCCCUUGUAUGUAAUAUCAUUUUUCUUUCUAGCAAGUACUUUCAAAGACCUCUGUACAUUUUAACAUAAAUAAAUUAUGUUGAGCCAUUUUGGAUGUCUGUCUUUUGAGCUGACCCAACAGUAUUUUCACCAAAGGUACGACUGGAAAAUCAAGUGUUCUUGAAACAGUGUCAGGCGGCAAUAAUUUUGUUUCAUUA